UUUGUUUUCGAAACCGUCUUUAAAUAUGGCUGCCUGAACGUAUGUUGAAAUAACAUUGAGAAGUGAAGAUGGAAAAUUUGAUUAUUCUCUUCGUGUUUUUUCUAAGCAGCGUGUUUGUAGUGGAUGCUGACUACAAACGGAACUUUCGACAACAAAAAGUUGUUCAUUUCUUAAAAAAGCUAGACAGAAUGGCGCAGGCGAGAAAGCUUGUAAACGACUUUAACUACAAAAUGUUCAAUCAUAUUUUAAAUACUUCCAAUGGGAACGUAGUUUUUUCACCGUAUAGCAUUUCAUCUGCAAUGGCGAUGGUUCAUGAAGGUUCAAAGACAAACACAAGAAAAGAAAUUGAAACGACUUUUGGAUGGGGAGGUAUUGACGAAAAUAAGUUUCAUGAACUCGUACAAGAGCUUGUCGAAGAAUUUGAAAGUAACAACAGCGAUGUUUCAUUGGCCAAUAGAGUUUGGAUUGAUCAAGAAAAUGACGUUAUGGAAAGUUACAAAGAAAACCUAAAAACAUUUUAUAAAGCAGUUCUUGGAACAGAAGAUUUUCAAAAAAAUUCUGAAAACGCCCGCCAAAACAUUAAUAACUGGGUUGCACAGCAAACUGAAAAUAACAUCAAAGAUUUGUUUCCAGAUGGUUCCAUUGAUUCUACAACAAAACUUGUAUUAGCCAAUGCUAUUUUUUUUAAAGGAAAAUGGAAAAUACCUUUCGAGAAGGAGCACACCCGGAAAAGUGAAUUUAAACUUGAAGAUGGCAAAAAUAUUGAAGUGGAUAUGAUGUGGAAAAGUGAUAAAUUUGAUUAUUUAGCAGAAACAAAAUUCCAAGUUGUGAAAAUACCUUACGCCGGAGAAAAGUACAGUAUGUUGGUAGCUAUCCCACUCAAAAUGACAGCGAAUAAACUUGCUCAAAGUACUACUCCUGAUGUUAUACAAAACUGGUUAAAACGUUUAAAACCUGGGAGAUAUCCGCAAGAUGUAGAUGUCUAUCUACCCACAUUCAAAAUACAACAUGCCGUAGAUCUAAAGAAGGGUUUACAACAGCUUGGAAUAACUGAUUUAUUUACCUCUGGGAAAGCUGACUUAUCUGGCAUAAACGGCAAACGUGAGUUGUAUUGUUCAGGCGCAUAUCAUAAGGCUUUCAUAGAAGUCGACGAAGAAGGGACUGUGGCAGGUGGUGCUACCGGUUUUGGAAUAACUUUAAAGUCCAUGCCACCUCAAAUUCGAGCUGAUCGUCCUUUUGUAUUUUAUAUUGUGGAUCAUAAUACAGACGCCAUUUUGUUUGCUGGGAAAGUGGCUGAUCCAACAUCGUCAUGAAACUGACUUUGAACGUAAGGGUUCGUUUACAUUUGACUGUUUUCGCAAAAGCUAACGAAUAUUCUUGUUAGCGCCUGUGCGCUUUGACAAAAUUAAGAGGUCUUGCCCAAGUUCAUGCACUAACAAAAAAAACUCGUUAGCCUUUUGCGCUAUCAACAAAAAUGUAGUCGAAUAGGAACAACCUUAUAAACUAAACUUUUUUUUAAGUAAGAGAGGAAACUACAUUUUUUAACACUCAAACUCUGUCACUCAAACUACAUCACCCAAAACCAACAAAGAAAGUAGAAAAUUAUAUCUGCAUUUUUAGUUGAAACAACCUCGUCCCCAGUGUGUUGGAUUUCUUAUUUUUGAAGGUAAACCAAGGAAUAUUGUUCCAGUUGCCAUCCGCUAUUUUGUACGCUAUUUGUCGUAGUUCACGAUCGCUUAAACUUUCUAAAAAGAAAUAACACCACAGUGCUAAAAAAGUCGAGAAAUGCUUAGGAGUAAAUGACGAAGUUUCAUUAGCCGAAAAUAUGCCCUCAAACUCGUCCUCAGGAGUUGUUAGCCUUUAUCUAAAUAUAAAAAGUUUAACUAGUCCUGGGGAUGAAUUUAAUAUACCCUGUCAAAAGUUUUUUUUUUUUAUGUAGGUUAUAAACAAAUGUUUUUAACAAUGACUUUAAGCAGGACUAUUUCUUAAGACAAUGGCAGCGAAAAAGUUGACAAAAAACAAACUGUGCGAUGCAAAAAGUUUACUUACCUUGUUCA